AUGGGUCGAAUGGUCCUUAAAAUCCAAAAUUGGUGUUUAAUUCUAGUCUCCUCACACAACAUCACAUCCGAAAGCGAUAUAUACUCUUGUUCUGCAAAACCCUACCCCUGCUCGAAAUUUGUUCUUUUAGUGCAGUUUGCACCUUUUGUGGAUCGCGCGAAGAUGAGCCGGCCAAUGGAAGAGGAUGCCCCUGUAUGUAGUCUGGCUAUUUUCACUGUUCUUUAUUUUGGUUUCGCAGUUUAUCAAGGAAAGAAUGAGGAAGAGGAGUUCAACACUGGUCCGCUUUCUGUCUUGAUGAUGAAUGUUAAGAAUAACACACAGGUGCUUAUCAAUUGCAGGAAUAACAAGAAGCUUCUUGGCCACAUGAGAGCUUUUGGCCGCCACUACAACAUGGUGCUCGAGAAUGUGCGUGAAAUGUGGACUGAGGUGGCCCAAAGACCGGUAAAGGGAAAAAGAAAGCUCUUCCAGUUAAUAAAGACCGUUUUAUUAGUUCUUCUAUUGCAGUUUGCACCUUUUGUGGAUCGCGCGAAGAUGAGCCGGCCAAUGGAAGAGGAUGCCCCUGGAAAGAAUGAGGAAGAGGAAUUCAACACUGGUCCGCUUUCUGUCUUGAUGAUGAGUGUUAAGAAUAACACACAGGUGCUUAUCAAUUGCCGGAAUAACAAGAAGCUUCUGGGCCACGUGAGAGCUUUUGACCGCCACUGCAACAUGGUGCUCGAGAAUGUGCGUGAAAUGUGGACUGAGGUGCCCAAGACUGGUAAAGGAAAAAAGAAAGCACUUCCAGUUAAUAAAGACCGUUUUAUUAGUAAGAUGUUUCUCCGUGGAGAUUCUGUGAUCAUUGUCCUUCGUAAUCCCAAAGCUGGGAACUAUGAUACAUCAAUUUUGUGAUUAUGCAAUCACAUUGAAAAGAGGACCUUGUGAUGGUUUCAUCUCGUUGUAAUGCAUUUACAUUAGAUCCCAUUGAUUUUAUAGCCCUUCUGUAAACGAUUUACGAGUUAAUUAGUUGUGUGAGGAUGGUUUUAGGAGGUUUAGGAGGCGAUUGGCUACAUAUUAUAAUUGGUUUUGACCGAUCCAAAUCAUUUUAAUCCUUCUCAACUCUCAAUAUUAUUAAUAAUUAAAUAAUAUUAAUCAAU